AUGAAAGUCAUAAAAGCAAGUAGUGAUGGUGAUAACGAUGAAGGCUAUGAAAAAUUUAUAAAUUCAUCAGAUUUUAAAACAACUUUAAGUUGUUUUGGAGGUUCAAAGAGUGAAAAGGUUAAAACAACAAGGCAAAAAACUUUUGAAAUAAUAUCAAAUUGGACAAAAAUUCAAUCGAAAAAAUUGAUAAAUUAUUUGGAUAUAAUGCAUUAA